GACUGUUGAGGUUAUUGAAAACGCCGCAGUAAACGUUGCAACGUUCUGUUCUUUCCCUAUACCAUUAUUCGAAAGUAACGGAACCUUAUCACAUUUGCGAAUUAUACUGAUUACAGGUAUCUAUCAAUACCUCUCGUAAACAGGAUGUACCAUGUUCAUAUUAUCAUAAUCUGAUACAUAUAUAUAUUUGCAAAACAUGUCUGAAGAUAAAAUAGUUUGCAGUGAUAUUCUAUUGGAGUUUCUGGAAGUAGCAUUCAAUCACAUCUUAUUCUUUAGAAAUUUAUAUCCCAAGGAAAUCUUUACGAAGAAGAAAAUAUAUAGUAUCACAGUAUAUGUAUCUGAGCAUCCAGAACUUAACGAAUACUUGAAAAAUGUUCUAAAUGCAAUAAGAGAAUUAAUAAAAGAAGAUGAAAACAGUGUAAAGGCAGUGUACCUUGUUUUUUAUAACAAAAAUAAGCAACCAAUUGAGAAGUUUGUUUUUGAUCUUGUUAAACUGCAAGCAAAUAGCACAGAGAAAGAUCCAUAUUACUUGAAAACAGAAGAAGCUCUCAGAACAAUCUGUUUAAAGCUUUCUAUGUGUGAGGCAUAUUUAAAACCAUUACCAGAUGAUUCAACCUUUUCCAUUGAAAUAAAAACAUAUGAAACUGCACAUGUAGCUCUAAAUGAAAAUCCUUAUUGCGAAGAUUUCCCAUGGAUUAUUGACGAAGACGCUCUUGAAAUGACUGAGAAAACUUUACUUCCAUUGAAAACUAUUAAAACAGAUUGUUUAAAUUUACAGAUGUAUGUUUUGGAAAGUCAAAAUAGUAAGGUUGAAGGUCAAUGAAGUGUUAACGAAGUAUCAUUUCUAGAAAUUGGCGGCUUUUUAAAUAUUUCUGCCCAAGAUUAUUAACUUUAUUUGUGAGUUUCGAAUUUUUUAUUAUACAUUAUUCUGAUGUUAUACAUGUUUAUCCGCGAUCAGAAAGCAUGUUAAACAAAUAAACAAUAUGUACUUUUCAUUUUAUGUUUAUUUAAACUUUCUAAUGCAUACAAAUUACGAAAUUACAUAUUUUCUAAAUUAAUCAACAAUUCAACCGUUGCGUCAUCUAUUUAAAAACGGCUGAAAUGACUCGACGACUUACCGAUCGAUUAUCCGAAACGGCGACUGCUUUGCUUUUCAUUUUUCAUCACCUCGUGUCGCUGUAUUCAUAAAGCGCGAAUAUACCCGCAAAUUCAAAAACAAACAACGAAAUCAAACACUUUCUUCUAAAGUGCUUGACCAUGUUAAUUAAACAACCGAAGAGUAUUUGUAAUUGUUAUUAUUGUAUAACGUUCAGUAACUAUUUGAUAAAAAUCAAAUUUAUAUUAAAACACAAUAAUUACUUCUUAAUAUU